UGCCGCUCCUCCUCUCGAUGGUGAACCAUAGAGUCUGGCUGGCCGCCCCCGUCGGGGAUCGCCCACCUGCCCGGCUCUGGGGGCGAAGAAACCUGGCCCGGCAUGGACGGCGACGACGACUUCAAGGAGCUGCGCGGCAGGCGGCGGCGGCGGCAGCAGGGACAGGAGGAGAAGGAGGAGGAAUCCCGGGCGGCGGGCGGCGGGCCGGGGCAGGCUGUGGCGCAGGAGGGCCCCGGGGAACCGGGCCAGGCCCCAACGGCGGCGGCGUUCAGGGGUUUGGGUGAGGUGGAGAGGCUUCACCUGGCCUCCGCUGGCAACAGUCCUGACUGCCCUUUCUGCGGAAAGGGCUUCGGCACCCUCGAGACCCGAGGCAGCCAUUUGAAACGCUGCGCGGCCCGAGUGGCCGUCCCUCCCCCGCUGCUUCUUCAGGUGGUGCGACAGCAGAGCUCUGGCCUUCCUGCCUCCCUUAGUGGGCUGAAGCGAAAAGUCUCCUCUUUUACGGAGCAAUCCACCAAAAAGCGCAAGACUGGGACCAGAAUUGGAGAUGCAGAGGAGGAGCUGCUGGUGGCCAUGGCAAUGUCUCGGUCCCUCCGUGAGGAAGAGGAAGCAAAGGCCAGGUUGCUGACAAGGGGGAGAACGAACAGGGCUUAUCAAGGAAGGAAGAACCCCCAAGCAGAGAAAAAGAACCGUGCAGUGGCUUCUCACUCACCACCGAGACUCUUGCUUCAAGACCCAGAGGUGGCCCGCAGACAGAUGGAGGAGCGUAUGGCAUUGCUGCUUUCUGAAGUGGAAGAAUUCCCUAGCACCCCGCUCCUGGCCCCCAGCCAGCUCUUGGAGUCAGAGCUCACCUGGAAAGCAGACUGGCCUCUGACCUUGCCCAGAGGGCCGCUGUCUUCUUUGUGGGAAUGCAGCUCACUCAGAGGACUGUCUGAUCCAGGAUCCGUCUGUGUAGCUGGCUCAACUCUACCUGCUUUGCCGGGGCAGACAGAUCAGAGACCCACUCAGAGCAUGGUUUUGCCCUUCGGGGGCUCGGUCAGAGCAGAGACUGAGGACAGUCCCUGGGAGGAAAGAAAGGAGGAUGCACAGGAAGGCAGUCAGAAGGAAGCGGGGGCCCUGCGGGAUCUCAUGUUGCUGGCUGGAGAAGGGCUGACGCUCACUCAGUGGAGUCCGGCUGCCCAGCCAGUGGAGGAGCCAGGGGAAGAGUGGGCACCUAGCGAUUCCCAGCGGAGCAACCCGAAUCGGUCCCUCGAGAAGAAGUUGCCUGUGGGAAGCUCCACUCCGUCCGCCCUGCUUGGCUCUUUAGCCGCUGCCUUCAAAGGGAUGGUGAAUAAUCCCCACUUGAGUGACAUCCAGUUCCAGGUGGACAGUGGGGAGCUCUUCUAUGCUCACAUGUUCGUGCUUUAUGCCCGGUGCCCACAGCUAAUGGAACUGGUUGAUCAGAAAGGUUUCCUGGUAGCAGAAGAAGGAGGAAUGAGGACUCCUCGUGUGCUUCUGAACGAUGUCUCGGGAGAGGCUGUGAGGACGUUCUUCAACUAUCUCUACAGCGCAGAGACUUUCGUUCCUCCACAGGCCCAGUCAGAUGUGGCUGCUUUGGCCACGAGGUUUGGGAUGACAGAGUUGGUUGCUCUGUGCGAAAGCUGCGAUUGGAAUGGGCAUCCUGCUGUUGAUGCCUCUGGACAGGAAGAGGAGGAAUCUGGACAGGAAGAGGAGGAAAGAGUAGAGAAGUUUGAGGAGCUCUUGAAGUCCAUAUGGAUGGGAGAAGAGGAAGAGGACAGAGCUUUGCUGCCAGAGGAGCUGGGCAGCGAGAAUGUGGUGGAUGAACAGGGGCUGGAGGAGAUCUAUGAGUUUGCUGCCACCCAGCGGAAAGCAGAGGAAGGGAGAUGCAGCCUUGACAGCAACCAGGUGGAACCUGAGGCAGUGCCAGGGGAUUCCUCCAAAUGGGAGGGACACCUGGAUGGGGAACUGUCCCACCUGCAGGCACAGGGCGCCAGGAGAAAAGCUGUGCUUGGCCUUCUCGAUCCUGGGGAUGAUCAGAGGCCGCUGGGAGCAGCCAGCAGGAGACAUCUGGCGGCAGCACUGCUGGAGCUGGCCGAGGCUUCGGAGGAGCUCAGUGAGAAGAGCCUUCAGCCUGGGUCUUGGGGGGAAUCCUCACAGCUUUUCCAGCAGAGCUGCAGUGGCAAGGACCCCAGUGAUGAUGAUGAUGAUGAUGAUGUGAUGAAGCCUUUUACCCCUCUAGGACUGGAGAAGCAGCUCCUGCCCGUUUGCAGGAACUUUUCCAGUGGUGAUUCUCAGGUAUCACUUGUGGUCCCAGCUGGUAAGUCCCCCGCAUCUCCCAAGCGGAGGAGAGGGAUUGGCAGUGACACCUCUCUCUCUCUCUUUUCUCCAACCCCGCAGAAGGCAAGGGGGGCCCCCUGUCGAAGCGAGGAGCAGGAACUUCCAAAACUGCAGAGUGGGGGGGCUUCUUCAGGGGUGGCUGCUGGCAGUGGUCCAGACCACACCCAAUAUUCUCCUGCUCCUCUGCCUCCCUCCUUCCGUUCCUGUGCUGUGGACGUACAGGGGGACCUCGUGCAGAUACUGGGUGCUGAGGGUGAAGGGAGGCAUGGCCAAAGGAAGCAGCAGGUGGAGGUAAUGGGACCCCCGUCCAAGGAGCAGGAAGCAUCUGGAGCUGCGAAACUUUGCUUGGGAGAGGACAUUCCCUGCUGCCAGGGCACGAGGGAGGUGCUGCUGGGAUCGCUUCCAGUUGGGGAGGCAGGUGCCGGCAGCCGGAAGAUGCUGUUGCCAGGCACUCCUCUGCUAAGCCAAAGGGGCCCAGAUCAUGAGCAAAUUGCAAAGCCUGGCUUGGCCUCCAGCCCUGAAGCCCAGGAACCAGCCAUCAUCCCUUCCCCAAAGAGGCAUCCUCUGCGGGCCGGGUUGCCACGGGGUCUCCGUUCUCCAUCACCAGGAGGAGGAAAGGCUGUGCCUGACGUGGUGAUUGUGGAGGACAGUGAAGACGAGGCUGAGGCCGCUCCGCUGCUGACUUGGGGCAGCUCCGUGUUGGAGGCGGAUCUGCCGCUUUCUGAAGACGACACCUCUUUGGUGGCUUCCCAAAUCGGUGACUGCCAAGUGGGCAGCUCACCAAGAUCCUUGCUUAUGGUGGGUGGCAUGCUGCCAGGUGGGAGUGGCACAGCUGGCAAUGGACCUUUGCCCCACUUUGAGUAUGGAGAGGAGGAAAGAGAUUGCGGUGACGGAAGUGGCAGUCGGAGGCGGCGUUUUCAGGAUCAGUCUGAUGUGUCUGAGGUCCUGCCGCUCAGCCAGAGGCUGGCUGUCCUCUCCAGUGCCUGCUCGCAAGACACCUGCCACUCAGCCAGAGGCUGUCCGUCUGCUCCGGUGCCUUCUCACAAGACGCCUGAUCUUGCCUGCCGAGAGAGGGAAGCGCCGCACACAACCCCGCAAACUCCUAUUCCAUCUUACUCUAUCAUGGAGACUCCGGAGCUCAAGAAAGAGCUGAGGAGGUUUGGGGUCCGUGCUCUGCCCAAGAAGAAAAUGGUAUUGAAACUGAAGGAGAUAUUUCAGUACACUCACCAAAGACCUGACUCCACAUCCUCACAGCCUCUCUUGGGCCAGGGGUCCAAAGCAGCCCCCCAAAGACCAGCGUCAGCAGCUGCCUCCAGUGACUUUCCCAAGCAACAGCCCAGCUUUCCUGGACUUCCACAAGUGCGUCUGGCUGGAGGCGGCUUCAGGGGUUCCUGUGGAGCAGACCAUCAGGGAGGGCAAAUGGCCAAGCAGGGCAUUUGUCUGCCAGCUGGAUCAGGGAGGCUGAAGAGCUCAGUGGAGAAUCCUGUUCGAGGAGGCCAGGCUCUGGCACCAUGUCCGAAGGGAGACGGACUCUCCAGGGUGGAUGGUGACAUGUCUGUCAUUUUGCAGAGUUCUUCCACAGAGUUUGAAACCAGCAUGCAGACCGAAGAGGAGGAGGAAGAUAUCUCACCCUCUCAGUCAAGCCGCCGUGAGGCAGACAAGCUGGUGGCCUUGCGCCAGUAUAUCCAUUCCAGGCCAGCUCUCUGCCGCCAGAUUCUGCUGUACGAGCCUUUUGAAUUGACGGGACUGCAGUCUGAACUGAAGCAGAAUGACAUCAGGAUUGGUCUGGGCAGACUGUUAGAAUUCCUGGACACUCACUGCAUUACCUUUACCACGGCAGAAACACGGCGGGAGAAACGCCAGCGGAAUGGGCGCCAGGGGAGGGGCAGAUACUGAGUGGGCCUCCGGCUUUCUUGGUUUGUGCUUCUUCUGCCGGAGAGACUGGGUGGCCAGCUCGGGUCAGGGCAGAGUUCUCGGCAGGGAUCUUUCUUUAUGAGGAAAAAGACCCCUCUCUUGUGAGUUUGGGUCUCUAAAACACCAGGAGCACCUGGGGUGGGGGAGGAGUGUCUUCUACACCCAAAUUAAUUUUCUUCAGGGUAGUCUUGCUUCAGCACAGUCUUACCUCAGUAGCAAAACCAUCAGUGCCCCAUCACAUGUCUACUGUAAAUGUUGCCAUGACAUAUAAUGAAAGAUGGCUUUUUUUUUGUAAAA